AUGGUUGCAGAAACUGAGUUGUACGAUUUGUUGGGUAUUUCCCCAAAUGCUAGUCAAUCUGAUAUACGUAAGGCUUAUCGUAAACAAGCUAUUAGUUGUCACCCUGAUAAAAACCCAAAUGAUCCAGCCGCUAGUGACAAGUUUCAAAAGAUUUCAAAUGCCUAUGAAGUUCUCUCAGAUGAGACUUCUAGGGAGAGUUACGACAACUUCGGUACAGCAGACAACUCACAUGCAGGUCCACCUAUGGAUGACUUUAUGAACAGUUUCUUCUUCGAUUUGAAUAGACCUCCACCGGCUCCAAAAGCUAAAGAUCAAGUCGUUGAUUUCGAUGUCACCUUGGAAGAUCUUUAUAACGGCAAAUCAGUACAUUUUGCUAUAGAGAAGGAUGUAAUUUGCAAACUAUGUUCAGGUUCUGGUGGUAAAAAAGGCGCUAAACCGCAGACAUGUGGUAGAUGCUCAGGUAAAGGUCACGUACUCUCUAGUCGCCAACUUGGUCCUGGUUUGAUAGCUCAGAUGCCAACUCCAUGUCCAGCAUGUGAAGGUGAAGGUGUAAAGAUUAAAGAUAAAUCCAAGUGUAGAAAGUGUGAAGGCCAUAAAACGACAAAAGCUAAAAAGAAAAUCUCAUUUGAUAUCAAAAAGGGUAUGGUUGACGGUCAAAGAAUUCGUCUACAAGGUGAAGGUGACGAAGUUCCUGGAGCUAAGCCUGCCUCAUUAGUAUUCAGAUUACGUACAAAGAAACAUGACACUUUCCGAGUGUCCGGUUAUGACCUUGCAAUUAACAUCAAACUAACAUUAUUGGAAGCUUUGAGUGGUUUUGAGAAAAUAAUUUGCCAUCACCUCGACGGACGCACUGUGAAAGUGUCUGUACCUCAAGGAAGAGUCAUACAGCCAAAUGAAACUCUUUGUUUGCGCGAUCAAGGAAUGCCUUUAUCGAGGGGAUUUGGUGAUUUAUAUGUCCAAUGUGAAGUCGAAAUGCCAAGUGGAUAUUGGAUGAAGUUACAAGACCGUAAUGCUCUUGCGAAGUUGUUGCCAAACCCAGAUCCAAAGAACGCGAUCCAAGAGGGAGAGAAGACUGAGAACGUGAAAUACGAGACGAGCUCGAUGUCGAAUUUCGGCAGGACACACGCACCACCACCAAAUGACUUUGAUGAUGAUGGACCUUCUACACAAUGCACAACCCAAUAGAUCAUAAAUUAUAGAUAAUUUUUGUAUAUUAC